UCGCUCUCUGGGAUAAAGAAGCUGUUGUAAAAACGUAUUACCAAAUAUAUUUGAUAAUUUUAUCGAUUUAAAGUGGCUUAGGUGUAAGCAGCAUACAUGAUACAACAUGAACUUUUACAGUUGACUUUUAUAAAUACCAGAUACUUUGACGCUUGGUAAAAUACAAUGACGACAAUCCAUUGCGACGACACGCGACAAUCCUACCAUUGCGCAUGCGCGCCGCGCUGAUUGUUGUCAGUGGUGGUUAUGGAGAUGAGAUGGGACUACGAGCUGUCAACAUUGCGGUGAUGUUAGUGAGGGAUGCCUAAGAAGAUAGGAUUCACUGUGGUCAAUUCUUCAAGUCAUGAGGACAACUUCAGUGCAAAGGAGCUGAUGGUCCAUGCACCCACGGUUAAUGGCUGGAGAUCCAGCAGGCUGUGCUCAUACCCCCAGCACAUCACCCUCCAGCUGGGGGAGAGAAGUAGGGUGAGGAAGCUGCAGCUGCUGGCUCACCAGUACUUGAUCCCAGCCAAGGUGGAGUUCCACAUUGGAGAGACUCUCCCUGAAAUCAGCACCCAAGGGUUCCCUGGGCCGCUUCGCAGACUAGGGUACGUUUCUCUGUCAGACAAUGAGAAGACAGGCUUCAAAGCGCGGGAGCUAAAGUCCGUCCAUGUAGAUGCCAUCGGUACAUUCCUGAGGAUAACCUUCCACAGAAACUAUGAAAACCGUUUCAAUCUCUACAAUCAGGUUGCUUUGGUUGCCAUUAAUGUUCUGGGAGAGUCUUUGGAUGGCAAUGCUUUUAACACGAUUCCAAGCAGAGAGCAGCUGAUCGAACACUACCUCAACAGUACACAGCUGGAAACCGCCUUGGACACGACAUUCAUGGGGAAAUGUGAGUCCAUCUCCAUGUUGGACGACCUGGCCUUCGACAUGUACCAGGACCCCGAGGUUGCCCACAUCAUCCGUCUCCUGGACAAAAAGAAGCAGGACAUGGUCCGGCAAGAGAAAUUUGAGCAGGCCAAGAAUCUGAAGCAGGCAAUCGCAGACCUGCAAAAGGUAGGGGAGCGUUUGGCUCGGUAUGAUGUUGAGAAAAGAUGUGCCAUUGAAAAGGAAGACUACGACCUGGCCAAGAAGAAGAAGGAGCUGAUGGCCGACUACAGGAAGAGUGUCUACCAGCAGCUGGAAGUCCACAACCUGCUGGAUAUGGCACUGAUCACCAGGGCUGCAGAUUCAUCCCCAGCCAAGGAUCCUCCUUCUCUCCUGCCUUCUCUGGCUCACCAUCCAGUCCCCACCAAGCCCCUUGUGUCCACAGACACAUUAAAGAAGAGGAAAAAAACGAAUGCUCCUCAGAAACAACAGUCAGACUCAGAAACUGUUAUUACCAAGCCAAGCAGACAACCUGAGACACCAUGCACACCUGCUGCUUUACCCAAGAUAGAUGUGACCAGUGUACCUUAUGAUGAGAGGCCUCUGCCCACCCUUCAGAGGAUAGACGGGCCCGUGGAGGUCAUCCAGAGUCCUGCAGAGCAGAACUCCCCCCAGCAUGAAGCCCAAAUGACUCCACAAAGCUCUGAGAUGAGUGGGGAGCCUGAGCCACUGACAGAGAAGGUGCAGAGAGAGGCUGGCCUUCCAAUUGAGGUCUUUGGGGAAAGCCUGGUUGCUGGGGCAUAUUCCAAAACCUGGUCUUACAGAGAGGAUGCCCUCAUGGCUGUCCACAAGAAGCUUUUGGAGCUAUCACCCACCACUCCAAGGGAGGAACUCAGGAACAUGAUAAGAGCUGCGACCUUCCUAGUUAAGAAGGCCCUCCUGGAUAAAGUGUCAUCUGUUUUUCAUGCCUCCCUGAAGCUGCUGCAGGUACUCCUGAGCCAGCUCAUCCCAGCUCUGGGGUUGGGCCGGGCUGAGCUGAACCACUGCUUGGAGCAGACUUUGCCCAGCCUGCUGGUCAGGACAGGAGAGUCAGCCAGCCGCUUAAGAUCCACAGCCAAUGUCUUCAUACUGGAAAUAGCUGUUUUGAAGGAUGUACGCGUCCUGCAUGGAAUCCCUGGUGAGCUGGUGAAGCCCUUCAAAUCCAACUUCCCUUCUCGUCUGGCUCAAAGUCGGGCUGAGCUUGUUCAGAAGCUACUUGCUGAACUUGGUACAGAGAAUUCUGGCUUCACCUUGGACAAUGUCAUGAAAUUCUGUGCAGCAGCUUUGGAGCACAGUGCAUCAGGGGUUAGAGAGCUGGCAGCACAAAUCAUCUUAUCCAUGUACCAGCAGCACAGAGCUGCUGUUCUCAGCUACCUUCCUCCCAGCGAUGCUGCCGCACGGAGGAACUUCCUCUACAAAACCCUCUUUGAUGGCUUUGCCAAGAUUGACGGAAAGCUGGUGGAGACUCAGACUUUGAAGAAGGGAGGUGGUGAGCAGGAUGGGCAAAAAGAGAAGGCGGAGAUCCACUCUCUUCAGGAGCAGCUGGCUGCCUUGAAAGAGAUCACGGAGGGAGGCAAUGGAAGCACAAAAGAACAACUGCCUAAGAAAGAAGCUCCCAAAGCUGAGAAAGGGACCCAAAAAGCUGGCAGAACAACCGCUACAAAAAUUCCCCAAAGCGCGGUGACACAAAGCUCUGAUGUCCAACAGUCCAUCAACUACUUGGACAACCUGUGUAUAUUCUGCGGUAAAAAGGACGAGUCAUUCACAGAGGAUGGGUUGGACCUUCACUACUGGAAGCAUUGUCCGAUGCUGAGACGCUGCGAUGAAUGUAGACAGGUUGUUGAGAUUGCCAGCCUAACCGAGCACCUACUGGGUGAAUGUGAGAACCGAUCCAAGUUCAGCCAGUGCCCACGCUGCUCAGAGGCCCUCGCUACUGAAGAUCUGGCUCGCCAUGUCCAAGGACCUGCCUGUAAUCCCCCCGUUUCAGGUAAAGGAUCCAACCACUGUCCUCUGUGUCACAACAACUUCCUGCCUGGAGAGGAGGCCUGGAAGACUCACCUCAUGGGCAGGGAGGGCUGUAAACAAAACUCACGCAGGACUGCGGUGUCCCAGAGAACUCAGCCAGCACAAGGGCGAGCUGUUGGUGGAGCUAAGAUGAAACAGUCGUGGUCAGUCGGGGCCAGACCUAGACCUAGGCCCAUGGGCAGAGGAAGCCGGAUACCAGCUCUGGCAUCCUUGAGCAGAGGGCAAACUCCAGGAAAGAGUUGAAGUUUUUUUGAAGCCAGCAGCAGCACACCCCCCCCCCCCCCCACACUCCUUUAUAAUUUCAGCAUUUGUAAAAAUGGAACAACAACCUGUCUAUUAAAAUCUACUUGUUCAGACUCUAUAGAUGUUGGUUGUGAUCAGUGAUGUAAUCCAUCCUGAAAAGAGACAGCUGGACUCACCAAAUGUUAGAUCUCUUGCUUCUUUUGUCUGUGAGUCAGGCCUCCGGUGUCACAAACCUGCUAGGCUAGUUAACAUGAGCACACUGGGUUUACUUAUAUCUCCUUUCUCAGUUUUGAGGCACUUUUUUUCUUCUACAAAUUGCUGUUUGUUGUCACCUCUGUGGUAAGGAAAAGUAAAUUCUACCUUCCAGGGUUUCAGAUGAAAAUGUGUCGUCUCCAAGCCAAAGUGGAUGUAACUCUAAUGACAUCACUCUGACAUCAUCAGGGUUCUUUUCUCGCCCUGACUAAUAUACUUCAGAGCCACAGAAGACAGUAUUAUACAAGUGCUUUCACAGGCUAGCAUACUUACCUUUAUUAGUAUUCUUUCAAAUAGUUCCCUUUAAAACUGCACAACCAUACAAUGCUGCUGUCAAUUUGUUAAUUUAAAAAAGUUUAUUUAAAAAAAGAGGAAUGUUUAUAUACAAAUCUUUUUGUAAAGCAACAACCAAAACAAAAAAAAAUGUGUGAUGACUUAAUGAUUGUGUCUGCAUAGGAUGAAACAGACAAGAAUCAGAUCAAUAGCAGAAGAAUAUCGACUGAAACAUAAAAACACUCCACUAGAGCAGUGGUUUUCAACUGGUGGGUGGGGACCCAAAAAAAUGUUUGUUUUGUUCAGUUUGUAGCUUCCUUCAGAUAUUGUGUAUCCUCUGAGGUACACAAAUAUGUGACAGAAGCUGCAAACCGCACAAUAUUGCAUUCAAUAAAUCUAAUUGGUUGAAAAUGAUCCAAAAAUUGUUUUUUCAGGGAGGAGUCGUGGUGGGUCCUGAGGCUAGAAGAGUUGAGACCCACUGCACUACAGCACUUCACUCCACUAGUAGCGGCACUAAGAGAACUGAAGUUUAAUUACAAGCAGGAGACUUUCCUCCCUUUGCAACACUCCAGCAGACGAUACUUCAAUCCUAAAGCCCGCUGAAACCUGAAUGUAUCUUGUCAGCAUUACAAUUUUGCCAUCUGUUUACAUGUUUAUAUCCCGUAUUGAAUAGAUUGUAUUAAAGAAAAGAAGUAGGACUUUUGCCAAACGGACAACGCUUCAUUGCUGAAUAUUCUGUUUAAUUUAUUUAUUUUCCUGCUUAAUGUCUGACAAUCUGAACUCAAUAUGUUCAAGUGAGAGCGCCAAAAGAGAGACUUUAACUUAAUAUAACUAUGACAGAAAAUGAAAUAGACAGGAAGUGCUGUAGACAUGCAGUAGAACUAGUAUAGCACUUUAUUCUUCAAGUCGGCUUUAUUUCAGCGGAGUCUGAUUCACACCGAGUCACCUCUGACACCUCUGUGGUGUUACAUUGGUUUUGACCACAAACUCAUGUUUUUAGGAACUCUGAUGAUCAUUCAAAUGGUUUAUAGUUCAAACCAUCAUUUUUACUACUGCGAUUGUACUACAGUAUUAUGACGAUUGUUGAUUGUAAUAUAUCUUAUGUUCACGUAAUGCCAAGAAGAACGGAAACAUCCCUAAAACAGUCUGAGGUGGAUUUGGUAUUCUACUUUUUAUAAAUUGUAAUAUCAGCAAGGUCAAUUUGAUUGCUGCUUGUGUCAACACUAACUGUUCAUUUUAGUGGAGGAACAAAUGAAGACAUGUUGUUUAUAGUUGAUGUGAUAAUACACAAAUGAUGAGGACGUGGCUUUAACAUGCUUCUGUACUGAGAUCCAUUGCAGUGUAUAUUUGAGUAGUCAGUAUUUUCUGAGUGAUAACUUUGGCAUAAAAUGAAUAAUUGUCUGUAAAAGCAUCUUUAUUUGUUUAAAUAAAGGCACAUUAAGCUGAACAUUGA